CGAUAAUAGCGCUGUCCUCUUUCGCUCAACAAGCGCCGCCACCAGAAGCUCGUCUUCAAGAGGGCCCAACACCAGAAAAGAAAAAAAGAACCGAGUUGGUCCCUGAUAAUGAUGUUUCGAAGGCCAUAGGGCAACUGGUCCGAUUGUGAUUACGACGUGAGGGAGAGAGAGAGAGAGAGAGAGAUGUCGCGAAAGGGAGAUAAUUGACGAAGCCUCGUAGACCGAAUAUGGCGUAUGCGACUGCGAGGAGGAUGCGGUGGGCUGACGGACGUUGGCGGAGUUGAGCAGACUACCGUGUUUCCGGAAGCAGCAUCAACCCGUGGUGGCAGACGAAGUUUUGGAUGUGUACAGAGAAUUGAGGAAGCGAUGAAGACAAGAUGGAAAGGACCGUAGAACAAACGCUCAGAGUCACGCAGUGAGAUAUGUUUCCGGUUGCUGUGACAGGUGAAUGAGUGAUCUGCGAAGCAGGAAGGACUCCAGUAGGACACGCGGAAGACUUACACGGGUGCGUAAUUACCGGUUAAGUUUGUGAUUGCACGUGCUGUUUUAGUGAUCCAGUGCAUUGUGUGAGUGUAGUGUAAGACUGUGUAGGUAGUGACGUGUUGCAUCAACGAAAUAGACGACGAUGAGGGAUUGACAGGUGAUGAUCAGCGAGGCGGUAGUGGCCCCGUACCACGAAGUGUGGUGAAACAAAUUGCUGCAAUCAUGAUGCACGUCGUCAGCUGAAGGCCCGUGGUGGACACUUCCUUCUGCGUUCUCCUGACGCGGCGAUCAGACUCGUGAAUGAUUCUCCGGAGCAAUGCGUGUCUACUCUCACCAUCCUUUCCUGGCCCUCGCCUUUUGCGCCGCAGCAGGCGUCCUCUUCAUCUACCCGUUCGUCCUGCGCUACACAGUCUACAAGGACAGCUUCAUCGCGAUGGCCAUCACGGACAUGCUGCCAGUCAGAGACCGCGUAUCUUCGACCUGGUGUUCGGGUCAGGAACUGUCCAUGAACCAUAGUUUUAGCGCUUACGUGUUCAGAGAUCGGGACACGCCUGCCCCGACGCGCUCUCUGGAGAGGGUGAUAACUCUCAACAUGACCAUGGUGAUCCCAAAGCAGACGUACGAGUACUGGGGAUUUUACUUCCUCGAAGGAUCCAGCUUUACCGUGUCCGUCUGUUCGAGACUCUCCGGAGCGGCGUUCUCGUUGAUUCGGGGAACGCCACCCCUCAGGGCGUGCCUUGCGGCGCUGGCCCGGAAACGGGAAGGCCGAGAUGAUUCUGACGAAGACUCCGACGAAGACGAACUUGGUUCCUCCCCCGAAUCCGACGAGCAGUCCUCCACACUUUCAAGCAGCGAAGGGAUGCUAAUCAACGAGACCCACGGUAUUCACGUCUGCAACAACGCCCUUUUCCACGUGCCGCUCAGGUGGACCUACAGUUGCGGCACUCCACACGACCGCCAGGACCACAAGCACAACAUAACGUAUCACGUGAAGAGUUCCGACUUCUAUUACAUGUUCUUUGCCAGUAAUCCCCCUCUCUAUGUGACGCCAAACACGAUAGACGCCAAGUUUUAUCUCAAUCGAACAUUGUACGAUACGCGCUUUAGCGUCGCCAAGACGGGCGAGGAGACCUGCAAGAAUGUGUCCCAGUGCACUGUGAACUUUGGUCUGGGUUCGGACGAGUAUAUGGUGGUCCAGAUGGACGUCAAUUCCACGACGCCGUCAUGGACGUCGGAUGUCCUAACAUCCAAGUGCCUGCCUAGGAAGGGGCUAUAUUUCGUGUUUUAUUUUGUGUUCGGUUUGUUUAUUAUGAUGGCAGCCUUUCAGGGAUGAGCCGGCGAUAAUAAAAGUGGAAGUGCCUCCA